CUUGCACCAGUUCAAUUUUGUUUGCGCGCCUAAACAUCUCCGAUCGUUGUCUACAUCAAUCUGCGGAAAAAGUAAAUUUUGUUUCGGAUUUCUUCGAAAAUCCUCAAACGAUGAAUACUAAACGUAAAGUAUUCCCAAAACCGGGAGAAACAUCGGCCGUUCCAAAGAAAUUCAGAUCCGGUGAUGACGAUGACGAAGAAUUCGAAAGUUAUUUUGAGGCUGAACUGGCCAACAUGGAAGGAGAUGAUGGGCUGGACCAGGCACAACUAGUCGGACAAGGCCCGGAAGUGGAGAACACCUGCAUCAAGUGGAGCCGGCCUCAGCCAAAAGACUAUCGACCGAAUGAGGAUCCGCUAGUCUUCCAGCAGAUAGAUAUUGAUCAUUAUAUUGGCGAACCGUUACCGGGGAUGCCGGGCCCACAAAUUGGCCCAGUUCCCGUUAUGCGUGUGUUCGGGAUUACCCAGGAAGGAAACUCGGUUUGUGCCCAUGUACAUGGCUUUACGCCGUAUUUGUAUGUAGCCGCACCGCGCAAUUUUACGCAAACUCAUUUGAGUAAGUUUCGUGCCGCACUGGACAAGUCGGUGCUGAACGAUAUGCGCUCGAAUAAGGAGAACGUCCAAGAGGCGGUACUCGAUGUGGAAUUGGUUCAGAAGCAAUCGAUUCUCGGGUACAAUGGAGAGGAAAAGUUUACAUUUAUAAAGGUUACGGUUGCGCUCCCAAAACUACUGGCAGCAGUAAAGAGAUUGUUAGAGAAGGAACAAAUGAUGCCGGAGAUGGACUUCCAAGAUUGUCGGGUUUACGAAAAUAACAUUGAUUUCGAUAUUCGGUUCAUGGUAGAUAGAGACGUUGUCGGUUGCAGUUGGAUCGAGCUUCUCCCGGGAACAUGGCGAAGACGACAGAAGGGAAGGAGUCCGGUUCCAAAAACUAGAUGUCAGAUCGAGGUGGAUGUAGCGUAUGAUAAGUUCAUUGCUCAUGCACCGGAGGGUGAAUGGAGUAAGGUGGCACCAUUUAGAAUUCUGAGUUUCGAUAUUGAGUGCGCUGGAAGAAAAGGAAUAUUUCCGGAACCGCAGCAUGAUCCGGUGAUUCAAAUAGCUAAUAUGGUAAUUCGACAGGGAGAACAGGAGCCGUUCUUGCGAAACGUGUUCACGUUGAAGGCCUGUGCGCCAAUUGUUGGAUCGCAGGUUUUGAGCUAUGAUUCGGAGCAGGAACUGUUAGAUAAGUGGGCUAGCUUUGUUCGAGAGUUAGAUCCGGAUAUUCUGACAGGAUACAAUAUUAACAACUUUGACAUUCCGUACUUGUUGAAUCGGGCACAUCAUUUGAAGGUUAAAAACUUUGAAUAUCUUGGAAGAGUAACUGAUAUCCGUUCGGUGAUCAAGGAAACGGUCAUCCAUUCAAAACAGAUGGGACGUCGUGAGAACAAAUUCGUUAAUUUUGAAGGUCGUGUUCCGUUCGAUCUAUUAUUUGUGCUUCUCCGAGAUUAUAAGCUAAGAUCUUACACUCUGAACGCGGUUAGUUACCACUUUUUGCAGGAGCAGAAGGAAGACGUCCAUCACAGUAUUAUCACGGAUCUUCAGAAUGAGAGCGAUCAGACUCGACGACGAUUGGCCAUGUAUUGUCUGAAAGAUGCAUAUCUUCCCCUACGUUUACUCAAUAAACUGAUGUGUAUUGUUAACUACAUGGAAAUGGCCCGUGUUACCGGUGUUCCUCUUUCCUGUUUAUUGACUCGCGGUCAGCAGAUUAAAGUCAUGAGUCAGCUUCUUAGAAAGUGCAAAGAAAGUGGAUAUUUAAUUCCUUCGUAUCACGGUUCAGGAUCGGAGGAACAGUACGAAGGAGCCACCGUUAUUGAGCCUAAGCGUGGAUAUUAUGCAGAUCCAAUAUCGACACUGGAUUUCGCAUCUCUGUAUCCAAGUAUUAUGAUGGCCCAUAAUCUGUGUUACACGACAUUGUUGCAGCCAACCAAUAAGGAAAAACUCAGUCUCAGCGAUGAUCAGGUCACGCGAACUCCCGCCAAUGCCUCCUUCGUCAAAACAUCAGUACGCAAAGGAAUUCUUCCGGAAAUCUUGGAAUCUUUAUUAGCUGCUCGUAAACGCGCGAAAGCUGAUCUCAAAGUCGAGACCGACCCAUUCAAAAAAUCUGUUCUUGAUGGUCGACAAUUAGCGCUAAAAAUCUCAGCCAACUCUGUGUACGGAUUUACAGGAGCCCAGGUCGGUAAGCUGCCUUGUCUGGAAAUUUCCGGUUCCGUAACGGCCUACGGUCGAACUAUGAUCGAGCAAACCAAGCAGGAGGUAGAACAGCGUUUCACUGUGGAAAAUGGUUAUGAAAACGAUGCCGUCGUCAUUUAUGGCGAUACGGAUUCCGUAAUGGUAAAUUUUGGCGUCAAAUCGCUGGAACGAAGCAUGGAACUUGGACGCGAAGCUGCUGACUUUGUGAGCGCAAAGUUUGUAAAACCCAUCAAGUUGGAGUUCGAAAAAGUGUACUACCCAUAUCUCCUGAUCAACAAGAAACGUUACGCCGGUUUGUAUUUCACUCGCCCUGAAAAGUAUGACAAGAUGGACUGUAAGGGUAUCGAGACGGUUCGGCGAGACAAUUCUCCUCUGGUAGCCAAUCUGAUGAAUUCUUGCCUGCAGAAGCUGCUUAUCGAACGUAACCCAGAGGGUGCAGUCGAGUAUGCCAAGCAAACAAUUGCCGACCUACUGUGCAACCGGAUAGAUAUUUCCCAGUUGGUCAUUACCAAGGAAUUGGCGAAAACGGACUACGCCGCAAAACAAGCACACGUUGAGUUAGCCAAUAAAAUGAAGAAGCGUGACGCGGGUAGUGCCCCCAAAUUGGGCGAUCGUGUUCCGUACGUCAUUGUCACGGCAGCCAAAAAUACCCCGGCAUACAUGAAAGCAGAAGACCCGAUCUAUGUGCUGGAAAAUUGCGUCCCCAUAGAUGCCAAUUACUAUCUUGAGAACCAAUUGUCCAAGCCACUGUUACGUAUUUUUGAACCUAUUCUGGGUGAGAAGGCUGAAUCAAUUUUGUUACGAGGUGAUCAUACCCGGACCCGUUCGGUGGUCACAUCGAAGGUUGGUGCACUGGCGGCAUUCACCAAGAAACGGGAUGCAUGUCUCGGAUGCAAGGCACUGCUGCCUGCGGGGUAUGAGGGGCAAGCCCUCUGUCAGCACUGCAAACCGAAGGAAUCGGCACUGUAUCAGCACGAACUGAGCUCCCAACGGUCACUGGAGGACCGCUUCAGUCGUCUGUGGACCCAGUGCCAGCGGUGUCAGGGGUCACUGCACGAAGAGGUUAUCUGUACUAGCCGGGAUUGUCCGAUAUUCUAUAUGCGAACUAAGAUCAAAAUGGAGCUGGAGACGCAACAGAAGCGAGUGGGUCGAUUCGGGGUACCGUCGUGGUAAUUUUUGUUUGUAAUUGUAAUUAUAUUUCUUUUUCCGCUGAUUAAAAUAUGU